AUGGCUAACCAUUAUAGUAUAUACUUCCUUAUAUUGCUGUUGAUAUGUUCGUAUACACAAGGAGAUGAGUGCAUUACAUCGGAUUUCGAAGAUGAACUUAAUGAUUUUAUAUGGGAUCACCCAAUAUGCAACGGUGUCAAUAAUUGGACGUUGGGCAUUUAUGAUUCCAUAUCAAUACCUCGACCGCAUCCAUACAGCAACACCUUUCUAAGACCCUCGCCAGCCUCAAUACCGACAGCUGACUGCAUAUCGACAAAGUUCUUCGAAAUUACAACCGGUGGUGUUAUUGAAGUGAACGUUUAUUUGGAAGAAGCUAAUAAUGCCAUACAUAUUUUAACAAUGACAGAAAGUUUACAAGUUAUUGGUCAAUUGGAUUAUGGUCCUAUGUUUAAUAAUUUCUCAUCUGGUUGGUCAUCAAUUAGGCUAUCAUUAAAUGCACCAUGUAAUUCAUGUUCCAUCAUAUUCUUGAGUACGAUAUGGGAAGAUAAUGCUGUGUUAAUAGACUCGUUUAGAUAUAUAGCACCAACAAUAAAUGAUGAUGAAUGUAACAUUUACGAUUCUACUACAACUCCAGUAAUAUAUACUACAACAACAGAAGUGCCAUCCACAACUGAAGUGGAAACCACUUUAACGACCGAGGAACCUACUACCACCACUUCAAUUGAUACUACUACAUCUGAGGAACCUACUACAACUCCAGUAAUAUAUACUACAACAACAGAAGAGCCAUCCACAACUGAACCGUCCACAACUGAAGUGGAAACCACUUUAACGACCGAGGAACCUAGUACUACCACUUCGUUUGACACUACUACAUCUGAGGAACCUACUACAACUCCAGUAAUAUAUACUACAACAACAGAAGAGCCAUCCACAACUGAAGUGGAAACCACUUUAACGACCGAGGAACCUAGUACUACCACUUCAAUCGAUACCACUACAUCUGAAGAAUCUACUACAACUCCAGUAAUAUAUACUACAACAACAGAAGAGCCAUCCACAACUGAAGCGGAAACCACUUUAAAGACCGAGGAACCUAGUACUACCACUUCAAUUGACACUACUAUAUCUGAGGAACCUACUACAACUCCAGUAAUAUAUACUACAACAACAGAAGAGCCAUCUACAACUGAAGUGGAAACCACUUUAACGACCGAGGAACCUAGUACUACCACUUCAAUUGAUACUACUACAGCUGAAGAAUCUACUACAACUCCAGUGAUAUAUACUACAACAACAGAAGAGCCAUCCACAACUGAUACAACUCCAGUAAUAUAUACUACAACAACAGAAGAGCCAUCCACAACUGAAGUGGAAACCACUUUAACGACCGAGGAACCUAGUACUACCACCUCAAUUGAUACUACUACAUCUGAGGAACCUACUACAACUCCAGUAAUAUAUACUACAACAACAGAAGAGCCAACCACAACUGAAGUGGAAACCACUUUAACGAAGAAUAGUACUACCACUUCAAUUGAUACUACUACAUCUGACCUACUACAACUCCAAAGAGCCAACCACAACUCCACUUUAACGACCGAGGAACCUAAUAUAUAUACUACUACAUCUGAAGAAUCUACUACAACUCCAGUAAUAUAUACUACAACAACAGAAGAGCCAUCCACAACUGAAGUGGAAACCACUUUAACGACCGAGGAACCUAGUACUACCACUUCAAUUGACACAACUACAUCUGAGGAACCUACUACAACUCCAGUAAUAUAUACUACAACAACAGAAGAGCCAUCCACAACUGAAGCUGAAACUACUUUAACGACCGAGGAAUCUAGUACCACCACUUCAAUUGAUACUACUAUAUCUGAGGAACCUACUACAACUCCAGUAAUAUAUACUACAACAACAGAAGAGCCAUCCACAACUGAACCAGAAACCACAUCACCGACUGUGGAACCUAGCACUACCACUUCAAUUGAUACUACUACAUCUGAGGAACCUACUACAACUCCAGUAAUAUAUACUACAACAACAGAAGAGCCGUCCACAACUGAAGUGGAAACCACUUUAACGGCCGAGGAACCUAGUACUACCACUUCAAUUGAUACUACUACAUCUGAGGAACCUACUACAACUCCAGUAAUAUAUACUACUACAUCUGAAGAAUCUACUACAACUACAGUAAUAUAUACUACAACAGACGAGCCGUCCACAACUGAAGUGGAAACCACUUUAACGACCGAGGAACCUAGUACUACCACUUCAUUUGACACUACUACAUCUGAGGAACCUACUACAACUCCAGUAAUAUAUACUACAACAACAGAAGAGCCAUCCACAACUGAAGUGGAAACCACUUUAACGACCGAGGAACCUAGUACUACCACUUCAAUCGAUACCACUACAUCUGAAGAAUCUACUACAACUCCAGUAAUAUAUACUACAACAACAGAAGAGCUAUCCACAACUGAAGCGGAAACCACUUUAAAGACCGAGGAACCUAGUACUACCACUUCAAUUGACACUACUAUAUCUGAGGAACCUACUACAACUCCAGUAAUAUAUACUACAACAACAGAAGAGCCAUCCACAACUGAAGUGGAAACCACUUUAACGACCGAGGAACCUAGUACUACCACCUCAAUUGAUACUACUACAUCUGAGGAACCUACUACAACUCCAGUAAUAUAUACUACAACAACAGAAGAGCCAUCUACAACUGAAGUGGAAACCACUUUAACGACCGAGGAACCUAGUACUACCACUUCAAUUGAUACUACUACAUCUGAAGAAUCUACUUCAACUCCAGUGAUAUAUACCACAACAACAGAAGUGCCAUCCACAACUGAAGUGGAAACCACUUUAACGACCGAGGAACCUAGUACUACUACCUCAAUUGAUACUACUACAUCUGAGGAACCUAGUACUACCACUUCAAUUGAUACUACUACAUCUGAGGAACCUACUACAACUCCAGUAAUAUACACUACAACAACAGAAGAGCCAUCCACAACUGAAGUGGAAACCACUUUAACGACCGAAGAACCUAGUACUACCACCUCAAUUGAUACUACUACAUCUGAGGAACCUACUACAACUCCAGUAAUAUAUACUACAACAACAGAAGAGCCAACCACAACUGAAGUGGAAACCACUUUAACGACCGAGGAACCUAGUACUACCACUUCAAUUGAUACUACUACAUCUGAGGAACCUACUACAACUCCAGUAAUAUAUACUACAACAACAGAAGAGCCAUCCACAACUGAAGUGGAAACCACUUUAACGACCGAGGAACCUAGUACUACCACUUCAAUUGAUACUACUACAUCUGAAGAAUCUACUUCAACUCCAGUGAUAUAUACUACAACAACAGAAGAGCCAUCCACAACUGAGGCGGAAACCACUGUAACAACCGAGGAACCAAGUACUACGACUUCAAUUGACACUACUACAUCUGAGGAACCUAGUACUACCACUUCAAUUGAUACUACUACAUCUGAGGAACCUACUACAACUCCAGUAAUAUAUACUACAACAACAGAAGAGCCAUCCACAACUGAAGCAGAAACCACUUUAACGACCGAGGAACCUAGUACUACCACUUCAAUCGAUACUACUACAUCUGAAGAAUCUACUACAACUCCAGUGAUAUAUACUACAACAACAGAAGAGCCAUCCACAACUGAAGCGGAAACCACUACGAGCCGUACAUCCACUGAAGAAUCUACCACUUCAUUUGACACUACUACAUCUGAGGAACCUACUACAACUCCAGUAAUAUAUACUACAACAACAGAAGAGCCAUCCACAACUGAAGCAGAAACCACUUUAACGACCGAGGAACCUAGUACUACCACUUCAUUCGAUACUACUACAUCUGAAGAAUCUACUACAACUCCAGUGAUAUAUACUACAACAACAGAAGAGCCAUCCACAACUGAAGCGGAAACCACUGUAACGACCGAGGAAUCUAGUACUACCACUUCAAUUGAUACUACUACAUCUGAAGAAUCUACUUCAACUCCAGUGAUAUAUACUACAACAACAGAAGAGCCAUCCACAACUGAAGUGGAAACCACUUUAACGACCGAGGAACCUAGUACUACCACUUCAAUUGAUACUACUACAUCUGAGGAACCUACUACAACUACAGUAAUAUAUACUACAACAGAAGAGCCAUCCACAACUGAAGCAGAAACCACUUUAACGACCGAGGAACCUAGUACUACCACAUCAAUCGAUACUACUACAGCUGAAGAAUCUACUACAACUCCAGUGAUAUAUACUACAACAACAGAAGAGCCAUCCACAACUGAAGCAGAAACCACUUUAACGACCGAGGAACCUAGUACUACCACUUCAAUCGAUACUACUACAUCUGAAGAAUCUACUACAACUCCAGUGAUAUAUACUACAACAACAGAAGAGCCAUCCACAACUGAAAUGGAAACCACUUUAACGACCGAGGAACCUAGUACUACCACUUCAAUCGAUACUACUACAUCUGAAGAAUCUACUACAACUCCAGUGAUAUAUACUACAACAACAGAAGAGCCAUCCACAACUGAAGCAGAAACCACUUUAACGACCGAGGAACCUAGUACUACCACUUCAAUCGAUACUACUACAUCUGAAGAAUCUACUACAACUCCAGUAAUAUAUACUACAACAACAGAAGAGCCAUCCACAACUGAUGUGGAAACCACUUUAACGACCGAGGAACCUAGUACUACCACCUCAAUUGAUACUACUACAUCUGAAGAAUCUACUACAACUCCAGUGAUAUAUACUACAACAACAGAAGAGCCAUCCACAACUGAAUCGGAAACCACUGUAACGACCGAGGAACCUAAAGAGCCAUCCACAACUGAAGCAGAAACCACUUUAACGACCGAGGAACCUAGUACUACCACCUCAAUUGAUACUACUACAUCUGAGGAACCUACUACAACUCCAGUAAUAUAUACUACAACAACAGAAGAGCCAUCCACAACUGAAGCAGAAACCACUUUACCGACUGUGGAACAUAGCACUACCACUUCAAUUGAUACUACUACAUCUGAGGAACCUACUACAACUCCAGUAAUAUAUACUACAACAACAGAAGAGCCAUCCACAACUGAAGCGGAAACCACUUUAACGACCGAGGAACCUAGUACUACCCCUUCAAUCGAUACUACUACAUCUGAGGAACCUACUACAACUCCAGCAAUAUAUACUACAACAACAGAAGAGCCAUCCACAACUGAAGCAGAGACCACUUUACCGACUGUGGCACCUAGCACUACCACUUCAAUUGAUAUUACUACGUCUGAGGAACCUACUACAACUCCAGUAAUAUAUACUACAACAACAGAAGAGCCAUCCACAACUGAAGCAGAAACCACUUUACCGACUGUGGAACCUAGUAUUACCACUUCAAUUGACACUACUACAUCUGAGGAACCUACUACAACUCCAGUAAUAUAUACUACAACAACAGAAGAGCCAUCCACAACUGAAGCGGAAACCACUUUAACGACCGAGGAACCUACCACAACAGAAAUAGUAGGUACUUCUUCAACUGGAGCUAGCACCACUGAAGCAUUAUAUACUACAACUGAAGAGCCCACCACAACUGAAGAAACUGUCACAACCACUGAUAUACCAUGCACAGAACAUCCAGACAUUUGCAUUACACAUGACUUUGAGGAAGGAUUUGAAGACUUCAUUUUGGAUCAUCCAGCGUGUUAUGGCAGUGGUACUAACUGGACGUUGGGUAAUUAUAACUCAGUGUUAAUAACCAGACCACAUCCAGCCAGUAACACCUACUUAACACAUUCAAUAGAAUCCUUGUUACCAGCUGUGAACUGUAUAUCAACGUUUGCUUUUGAUAUGGUAGAAAAUGGCACUGUAGAAAUAAACGUCUACAUCGAACAAGGUCGUAAUAUUUUAACUAUUCUAACUUAUGAUGGAGUUAAUCUACAAUUUGGCGCCAUGUUAUCAGGACUUUCAAGUGGAUGGUCAGCAGUUAGGUUCUACUGGUCGGGGCCAUCAUGUAAUUCUUGUAAUAUUAUACUAAUGCCUAUGAUAUAUGACGAAAGUUUACUGAUAAUCGACUCAUUUAGAUACAUUCCACCGACAAUAGAUGAUGAACAAUGCCAAAUAUAUAAUUUAUGA